GAAAAGUUAGUGUCAAGAAAACCCCCUUUCUCACGAGCUCACACAGACAGUGCUGCCAUAAACUCAAAAUCCGAAACCCCCAAUUUCUUACAUCCAAUGAAACCCUAACCCUAACAUAAAUUCAUCCAUUUCUUCUUCAAUCAUCUAUUAAUCUUCUCCUCAAUGUAUCAUAUCAUUCACAUUCAUUCGAACUAACUUUCUCACAAAUUUCACCCAUUCGUUCGUCUAAUCGUCUUCGUGUGUGUUAAAAACAUAACAAUGGACGAAGAAGAAUUACAAAAGCGAUUCACCGAUUGCGUCUAUUUCUUAGCCUCUCCGCUCACUUGCAAGAAGGGAAUUGAAUGUGAGUUCAGGCACAACGAGAUUGCUAGGCUGAACCCCAGAGAUUGCUGGUAUUGGUUGGGAGGUUGCUGUUGUAAUCCUGAGUGUGCUUUCAGGCAUCCCCCACUUGAAGGACUUAAGGAAGCAUAUUACGAAUCUAUAAACCCUAACAACGGUCCCACUUUACCUGUAGACAAAACAAAUUUACCGUGUUACUUUUACUCAAAAGGGUUUUGUAACAAAGCGGACCGAUGCCCAUUUCUUCAUGAACCCGCUGACAAUAAAAAACCCAUAGUAAAAAACGAAGUUCCCUGUGAAAAAAAGUUGAACAACACCGUAUCGACACCUGUCCAAAUUGUACACACUCAACCCGACGCACAACCCAACACUGCACAAACCCAAAACACACAUACAGUAAUGAAUCACACACCAGACGAUCAUCAAUUAGCUUCUAGAAGAGAGUCGGUUGAAAGUGAAGAACAUGUCGAGCACGUAGAACGAGAAGAAUUUGUCGAAAGUGAAGAAGAUGCUGCUGAAAGUGAAGAAAUCGUUGUUCAAAGUGAAUCUGAUGUUUAUAAUGAUCAGAGUUCAGAUGGUUAUGUAGAACGUGUUGAUGUUUUUGUUGAAGGUGAAUCAGGAAGACUAGAAUACGAAGAAGAAGACGGUGAUGUUGACUUUUUCUUGGUCAAUGAAGAAGAUCACAGGGAGCUCAAUUUUCGUUAUCCGAUUCCAGAAUAUGACUUUUACGAUAAAGAUGCUGCGCAACCAAGGGUUAGCAUCUUUAACCGUCUUUCAUUCAAGAAAAGAAACGUUUCCAAAAAACUGAUCUUUAACGUUCAAAGAGGUUCUGAUCUUCGUGAACAUUUGACGAAAAGCAAGGUUGUUGACCUUAACCGUCGUAUAAGGAGAAAUUUUCGGCGUGGUGAGGUUGACUUUGACCGUAGAGGUUCGUUAAGGAAGGCUGUCCCGGUGAACCGAUACAGGCCGCUUUUAAAGAAGCCGCGGUUUUUUUCUUCUGAUGGAUCAAGGUCAAGAAAGCCAGCUCAACAUAAGCGAGAAUCGCGAGAAUCUCAGGAGCAAUCUGCUGCGUUUUCGGGACCUAAAACGCUUGAUCAAAUCAAAGAAGAGAAGAAGAAAGCGCGGGAAAAUAGAGACCUAGGGUCGAAUAACGGAACCGGGUUAGAUGGGGUUUUUCAGGGUCCUAGACCGCUUAGUGAGAUUCUCAAGAACAAAAGAAAGAUGAGUUAGUUGUAAACCGAAACGAGACCUCUUAGUGCGAGCCGAUCAUGUUUGCUGUAUAGUGCUGAUCUGGAUAUUCAUGUCAUAUUUUUAGUGUUUGGUUCUUUCGAAGAGAAACUAUGCAUUUUAUUAGUUUUUUUUUUUGGUUCGAUUUUGGGGUCUUUGAACAAAUUAAAUGCUUUCAAGAGAAUCUGGUGAAAUCUACUUUUAUAUGGCAUC